UGUCAUGUCACUUGUCGCUUUAUGGAAACUAACAUAACCCUAAAUUAAAAUCUGUCAAACAUCAAAUCCACAAGUCAUCAACACCGGAGUUGAAAAUUUUGUUAGUAAUUGCAAGUAAUCAUGGCUUCAGAGAGAUACAGUUUUUCUUUAACUACAUUCAGCCCUUCUGGAAAAUUGGUUCAGAUUGAAUAUGCUCUAGCCGCUGUAGCAGCGGGUGCUCCGUCAGUAGGAAUUAAAGCAUCAAACGGUGUCGUUAUAGCAACAGAGAACAAGCACAAAUCAAUUCUGUAUGAUGAACACAGUGUCCAUAAAGUAGAAAUGAUCACAAAACACAUUGGUAUGGUUUAUUCCGGUAUGGGCCCUGACUAUCGCCUUCUUGUAAGACAAGCACGGAAGAUGGCCCAGCAGUAUUACCUAGUGUAUCAUGAACCCAUUCCUACAGUACAAUUGGUGCAGAGAGUGGCAACUGUAAUGCAAGAAUACACACAAUCAGGAGGAGUUAGACCAUUUGGAGUUUCACUACUUAUUUGUGGUUGGGAUAACAACAGACCUUACUUGUUCCAAUGUGAUCCUUCUGGAGCUUACUUUGCUUGGAAAGCUACUGCAAUGGGAAAGAAUUAUGUCAAUGGAAAAACGUUCUUGGAAAAAAGGUACAGUGAAGAGCUAGAACUUGAUGAUGCUGUUCACACUGCCAUUCUUACCCUGAAAGAAAGUUUUGAAGGUCAGAUGACAGCUGACAACAUAGAAGUUGGUAUCUGUGAUGCUAAUGGAUUUAGAAGGUUUGAUCCAUCUACUGUUAAAGAUUUCUUAGCUAAUAUUCCUUAAAUUUUUUUAGAGUUUUGAUUUUUUUAAUAUUUCUUGGAUUAUUAAAUUUACUAUAAGUA